AUGGGCUUCUUCAACCUCCAUCACGAUGCUGAGGGGUCAUCCCUUCCAGCAAUCUUUAUGGGGGCCUUCAUAGCAUUUGGUGGCAUUCUUUUUGGAUAUGACACCGGAACUAUCGGUGGGAUUCUGGCUAUGGAUUAUUGGGUCGAGCUCUUUGCAACUACUACGAACGCCGCAGGUGACAAAUAUAUUUCUUCGAGUCAGCAAGCAUUGAUCGUGUCAAUGCUUUCCGUUGGAACACUUGUUGGUGCACUUUUCGGAGCCAGCAUUGGAGAUAGAAUCGGUAGAAAGAUGGGCUUGAUAAUUGCAUGUGUCGUGUUCAAUAUUGGAGUUACUCUGCAAACAAUCGCUACAGCAAUUCCACUUUCCAUUGCAGGACGAACUAUCGCCGGAGCUGGAGUUGGCGUUGUCUCGGUGCUCAUCCCACUGUACCAAUCCGAAUCUGCUCCAAAAUGGAUUAGAGGGACAUUGAUCUCCACCUACCAAUUGGCGCUGACCACAGGCCUGCUCCUGGCAUCGAUUGUCAACAACGCAACCCAAAAUCGAAACAAUAGUGGCAGCUACCGAAUUUCAGUCGCGAUCCAAGCAUUAUGGGCCCUUAUACAUGCAGGAGGGCUGCUUUAUCUGCCAGAAACACCUCGAUACUUUGUCAAGAAAGGGGACGAGGCAAAGGCUCUAGCUUCUCUUGGUCGUCUUCGACGCCUUCCAGUCACUUCACCAACUCUCCGUGAGGAGCUCGAUGAGAUCAUCGCCAAUCAUCAAUAUGAACUUACACUCGGUAGCUCAUCUUGGCUUCAAUGCUUCUCAAAGGGUGGUUCGCAACGCAAGCGUCUCUUUACUGGAUGUGCGAUCAUGGGGCUCUCUCAACUUACUGGAAUUAACUUCAUUUUCUACUAUGGAACUCAAUUCUUCAAGCACAGCGGUAUCUCCAACCCUUUUACCAUCUCACUUAUCACCAACUUGGUCAACGUAUUCUCUACCAUACCAGGCCAAGUUCUUGUGGAGAAAUGGGGCCGCCGGCCAUUGCUUCUUUUCGGAGCAAUCGGAAUGUGCUUCUGCGAAUUCAUCGUGGCAAUUGUCGGCGUCACCGCAGACUCAGAAGUUGCUAACAAGGUGCUCAUUGCGUUUGUCUGCUUCUACAUAUUUUUCUUUGCCUGCUCCUGGGGCCCUGUCGGUUGGGUCGUUGUGGGGGAGAUUUUCCCGCUCCGUCUCCGCGCCAAAUCAGUUGCGCUAUGA